GAGCAAAGGAAAUAACGAAAAAUGACAAGUAGAAGACUUGAGGAGUCCAUGGGGGCUGUUCAGAUGGGGUUAGUCAGAAUGCUCAAAGGAUUCCAAAGCAAGGUUUUGCCACCCCUGAGUCCAAAGGUGGUUAAAGAAGAAGAUGUCAACCAAAUGCUAACACCGUCGGAGUUCCUGAAGGAAAUGUCCCUGACCACAGAACAGAGACUGGCAAAUACACGGUUGAUGUGCCGACCACAGAUCAUCGAACUUUUAGAUAUGGGGGAAGCAACACAUCAAAAGUUUUCAGAUAUUGACCUGGACCAGGCAUUAUUCCAGCCCUUUCCAUCAGAAAUUAUAUUUCAGAACUACACUCCCUGCGAAGUCUAUGAAGUUCCAUUGGUUUUGAGGAACAAUGACAAAAUUCCAAGGAUGGUGAAAGUUAUUGAGGAAAGCUCACCGUACUUUAAAGUAAUCAGCCCUAAAGACAUUGGCCACAAAGUAGCUCCAGGAGUGCCAUCCAUAUUCCGAAUCCUCUUCACUCCAGAGGAGAACAAGGAUUACGCCCAUAUGUUGACCUGUGUGACUGAGAGAGAAAAGUUCAUCGUACCCAUCAAAGCCAGAGGCGCUCGAGCCAUCCUGGAUUUUCCUGACAAGCUGAAUUUUUCCACUUGCCCUGUCAAAUACAGGACUCAGAAGAUGCUGCUGGUCCGGAAUAUUGGCAACAGAGACGCUGUGUUCCACAUCACAACUUACCGGCCGUUCUCCGUGGAGCCCUCUGUUGGAACUCUUACCGUGGGAGAGUCCAUGCAACUGGAAGCGGAUUUUGAGCCACAGACUGUGGGCAAUCACAGCCAACGGCUGAUUGUGUAUUACGACACAGGUGAAAAAAUGUUUGUAUCUCUGUAUGGAGCUGCUGUAGACAUGAAUAUAAGGCUGGACAAGAAUUCUUUGAUCAUUGAGAAAACCUACAUAUCUCUGGCCAAUCAGAGAACUAUAACUAUUUACAACCGCAGUAACAUCAUUGCCCAUUUCCAAUGGAAGAUAUUUGCUACCCAGGAAGAGGAAGAUAAAGAAAAGUAUAGGGUGUGUGAGGAUCUGAUCAAAGAGGAAAAGGAUGAGACUGACGAGUUUCAAGAGUUUGUUAGUGAUCCUUUGCUCCGAGAACGGAUUUCCAUUCUCUCCCGCACCUUUGAGAAUCAGAGAAGGCUGGUUCAGGCGGACAGCAUACUCUUCUUGAAUAACAUUUUCAUAAUUGAGCCCCCGGUGAGCACAUAUAUAUAUAAUCUGAACAUAUGUCGAGAGAUCCGUCUGCCCCUCCGAAUCAAAGGGCAAGGAAUGGGACCAAAGAUUCACUUCAACUUUGAAUUGCUGGAUAUUGGAAAAGUUUUUGUUGGAUCUGUACAUUGUUAUGAGGCAAUACUUUCCAACAAAGGCAGCAUCGACGCCCUGUUCAACGUGAUCCCCUCGACUUCAGCGUUGGGGGCCUGCUUUGUUUUCAGCCCCAAGGAAGGCAUCAUCAAGCCAAGCGGGGUCCAGGCUGUCCAGAUUUCCUUCUGCUCGUCCAUUCUGGGGCACUUCGAAGAAAAGUUCCUGGUCAGUGUCAAUGGGUCACCUGAGCCCGUGAAACUGACUAUUAGAGGCUGUGUCAUCGGACCCACCUUCCACUUCAAUGUCCCUGCUCUGCACUUUGGGGAUGUUUCCUUUGGGUUUCCUCACACCUUGAUAUGUUCCCUCAAUAACACCUCCUUGGUCCCCAUGACCUUCAAACUGCGCAUCCCUGGCGACGGCCAUGAAAGCAUUUCAAGCUGUGAGCAAUAUACAGACACCAAAGGACCUUCUUGGAACAAGGAGGAAAUACCCAUAACGAAACCGAAAGAAUUUACCAUCACCCCCAACUGUGGCACCAUUCGCUCCCAAGGAUUCGCUGCUAUCAGGGUGACCUUAUGCUCCAACACUGUGCAGAAAUACGAGCUGGCCCUGGUGGUGGACGUGGAGGGCAUCGGGGAAGAAGUGCUGGCGCUCCUCAUUACAGCGAGGUGUAUUGUACCUGCCCUCCACAUGGCUAAUGCAGAGGUGGACUUCGGGCGCUGCUUCCUGAAAUACCCGUACGAGAAAACCAUCCAGCUUGUCAACCCGGAUGACCUCCCAGGAUGCUACGAGGUCCUGCCCCAGGUAGAUGAGGACUCGCCCGCUGUGUUGCUCUCUAGUCCCACCCCCUAUGGAAUCAUCCCUCCCCAGAGCACCGUCCACAUCCCUCUGAUCUUGGAGACCCAGGUCACCGGGGAGCACAGGUCCACGAUUUACAUCUCGGUCUUCGGGAGCCAGGGCCACCCUGUGGUGUGCCAGCUGAGGAGCAUCGGAGAAGGCCCGGUGAUCUGCGUCUGUCCCCACCAGGUGGAUUUUGGCAAGAUCUUCGUCCUGAAGGAGUCCUCCAGGGUUAUCAACCUCUCUAACCAGUCCCCCAUCCCUGGAUUAUUUCAGGCACACAUGGCUCACAAAAAGUCCCUUUGGACAGUGGAACCCAGUGAAGGCACCGUUCCCCCCGAAGAUGACAUUCAACUGACGCUGACCGCCAACCUGAAUGACAUACUGAUGUUCAAAGACACGGUCAUUUUGGAUAUUAUAAACAGCAACACCUACCGGAUUUCUGUCCAGGCCGAAGGAAUUGGUUCCACCAUUGUUUCGGAUAAGCCCUUUGCUCCAGAACUCAACUUGGGAGCACAUUUUAGGUAG